GAGAGAGGGGGGGAGGGAGGGAGAGAGAGAGAGAGAUAAAUCAUUUGGAAUUGCAAACCCACUCCCACUCACACAGAUCCACACAAUUGGGACACUCAGCACCACCACCAUUCACGGAGGAGAAUCCUAGAAUGGAGAGAUCCAGCAUCAACAACAGAAAAUCGGAAAACGGCGAGGCGAAUGGCACCGCCACCGACGGAGACUACUCUCACGACGACAAAAAAGAGAUGAUUAAGGAGGAGAGAGAAGAUGCGGCGGAGGAGGAAGAGGAGAGUGAGUCGAUAGAGAGAAUAUUCGAGAACAAGGAAGUGCCGUCGUGGAAGAGCCAGCUGACGGUUAGGGCGUUCGUGGUGAGCUUCUUCUUGUCGGUGAUGUUCACCUUCAUAGUCAUGAAGCUGAAUCUCACCACUGGUAUUAUACCUUCUCUGAACGUGUCGGCGGGGCUCUUAGGCUUCUUCUUCGUCAAGACCUGGACCAAGUUUCUCCAAAAGUCCGGACUCCUCCGCCAACCAUUCACCCGCCAAGAGAACACCGUCAUCCAGACCUGCGUCGUUGCCGCCUCCGGCAUCGCCUUCAGCGGAGGCUUUGGGAGUUACCUUUUUGGCAUGAGUGAAAAAAUUGCCAAACAGUCAACUGAAGCUGAUGAUGCACAGAAUAUAAAGAACCCAGCUGUGGGUUGGAUGAUUGGAUUUCUUUUUAUUGUUAGCUUUCUUGGACUUUUUUCUGUAGUGCCUCUUCGAAAGAUAAUGAUCUUAGACUUCAAACUGAUUUAUCCAAGUGGGACUGCAACUGCUUACCUUAUCAACAGCUUCCACACUCCUCAAGGAGCCCAGCUAGCAAAGAAACAAGUCAGAGCUCUGGGAAAGUUCUUCUCUUUCAGCUUCUUGUGGGGCUUCUUCCAAUGGUUCUUCACUGCAGGGGAUUAUUGUGGAUUUUCAAGCUUCCCCACAUUUGGUCUCAAAGCCUUUGAAAACAGGUUUUACUUUGAUUUCUCUGCAACUUAUGUCGGCGUUGGGAUGAUCUGUCCACACCUAAUCAACGUAUCUUUGCUACUUGGAGCAAUCCUUUCGUGGGGUAUAAUGUGGCCACUUAUAAAUAACCAAAGGGGCCAUUGGUGGCAACCUGCAGACCUUAGCCAAUCAAGCCUUCGUGGCCUGCAAGGUUAUAGGAUCUUUAUAGGAAUAGCCAUGAUACUUGGUGACGGCCUCUACAACUUUAUCAAAGUCCUUGGUAUUACUCUAUUCGGUUUGUAUCGCCAAUUCUGUGUUAACGACCAAGGCAGUGUCCUCCCAGUUGCUGGCAGUGUUACCCCCCCUAAAAAACCUACUGUGUCCUAUGAUGAUCAACGUCGAACCCAACUCUUUCUCAAAGACGAAAUCCCAGCAUGUUUUGCAGUUGUUGGGUAUGUUGGCAUUGCCAUUAUCUCCACUGCAACGCUUCCACACAUCUUCCACCAACUCAAAUGGUACUACAUCGUGGUUAUUUAUGUCUUUGCACCAACAAUGGCCUUUUGCAAUGCUUAUGGUUGUGGGCUCACUGACUGGUCCUUGGCAUCCACAUAUGGAAAGCUAGCAAUCUUCACAAUUGGGGCAUGGGCAGGAGCGUCCCAUGGUGGUGUCCUAGCUGGAUUAGCAGCUUGUGGGGUCAUGAUGAACAUCGUCUCAACCGCCUCUGACCUAAUGCAGGACUUCAAAACAGGUUACUUGACCCUAGCUUCACCACGGUCCAUGUUCGUGAGCCAAGUCAUUGGAACAGCAAUGGGUUGUGUCAUUUCGCCUUGUGUGUUUUGGCUCUUCUACAAGGCUUUCCAUGAUCUUGGAAUCACUGGAACACAAUACCCCGCUCCUUAUGCUCUUGUCUUUCGAAACAUGGCAAUCUUGGGGGUUGAAGGGUUCUCAGCUUUGCCAAAGAACUGCCUCACCCUUUGCUAUGUGUUCUUUAUUAUAGCUGUCGUUAUCAACGCCAUAAGAGACGCUGCAGGAAAGCAGAGAGCAAAGUUUAUCCCUAUCCCCAUGGCAAUGGCAAUACCCUUCUAUAUUGGAUCAUACUUUGCUAUCGAUAUGUGUGUUGGAAGCUUCAUACUAUUUGUUUGGCAGAAGAUAAACAAGAAGAAGGCCGAUGCAUUUGGACCUGCCGUGGCUUCUGGUUUGAUUUGCGGGGAUGGGAUAUGGACUCUGCCCAAUUCAAUAUUGGCGUUGGCAGGUGUAAAUCCGCCCAUUUGCAUGAAGUUUCUGUCGAGGACAGCCAAUGCAAAGGUCGAUAGUUUCUUAAACAACUAGUUCAACAAUUAUAUAUAGCUUCCCGUUUCAUGUUCUCAGCAUCUUCUUUGUUUCCACUUCUUUCUCACCUCUCUCCUUUUUUAAUCUAGCUGUGUGUCUGUUUACAUGUAUAAUAUGUAUCUAUCAAUGAUAGACAACUAGAUUUCAUUACCACAAACCACUGGAAAUGAGAUCAAACAUGUGAAAGAGAUCUAGAAGUCCUCGUAAUGUAGUGAAGUACUACAUGAAUCUAAAUGUCAGUUGUAAAAUACUUUCUAUAAUCUAUGUUUGGUACAAGUUUCUAUA